CUGAAUUUAUGAUUGAAAAAUUAAAAGGAAUUAGGUGCUGACUACUAAGUACUGACUGAGAACAGUUUCUGUCGUAUUACAUAGAAUUUUUACAAAACGAAUUUAUUUUAAUUAGUUAAAAUAAUGUCGCGACCAGGUGAUCGACCAAAUCAAGCUCAAACCUAUAAAUUGGUAGUUGUCGGCGGUGGAGGUGUAGGAAAAAGUGCUAUUACAAUACAAUUUAUACAGAGCUAUUUUGUAACUGACUAUGAUCCUACUAUUGAGGACAGCUACACAAAGCAAUGUGUUAUUGAUGAUAUUCCUGCAAAACUUGAUAUCCUUGACACUGCCGGGCAAGAAGAAUUUAGUGCAAUGCGAGAACAAUAUAUGAGGUCAGGAGAAGGCUUCCUACUUGUUUUCUCAGUGGCUGACCAUGCCAGUUUUGAUGAGCUUUUUAAGUUCCAUAAACAAAUUUUACGUGUAAAAGAUCGGGAUGAAUUUCCUAUGCUGAUGGUUGGAAACAAGGCUGAUUUGGAAAGCCAGAGAGUGGUUACAUUAGAUGAAGCACAAUCUCUAUCCCGCCAACUCAAGAUACCAUACAUUGAGUGCAGUGCCAAGGCUCGUAUGAAUGUUGACCAGGCCUUCCAUGAGCUUGUGAGACUUGUUAGAAGAUUCCAGGAAGCAGAGAGAAUUCACAUUAAGUCAGAGCAUAGAAACAAGAAGAAGAAAUGCACUAUCUUGUAAUAAACUCAAAAUUGGGUGAGGAUUGCAGCUAUGAAAUAGUAAAUAUCAAAAACAUUUAGUCUGCAAAGAUUUAGAUUCACACAUUUGCUGCUUUGCUUAAUUUUUGCUAUUCCUUUUUUAAAAUUUGUUUCUCUUCAAUUUUGACUUUGAAACUUGAUUUAUUAAUAAAAAUCUAGGUUUAUCUUCUAAUUUAUUAAUUUAUGUAAAGAUCCAACUAGUAAGCAAUUAGUUGUAAUUCUGUGAUUUACAAAUCACAUUUUUUGUGUUAUUUCUUUGAUACAAACCUCUUUUUUGUUAAUUGUUGUCAUUAAGUAUAAGUUAUGUACCUCUUCAUUUGCAAGCCUCUGUUAUUAGUUUUAUGUAAGUUAAUUCAUAAAGGUAUUUAAACAUUAGUUUCUGCCGCUGUAUUGAAAAACCAAUGCCAAUUACAUAAUUUGGCUGACACCUAACAAAGUACUCUAAAGUCUACUUAAAAAUAUGUGGUGUAUUUACACUUAAUAUUAUAAUUGAGAUCAGAUUCACUAUGGAAGUUUUGUAAUGAGCAUGCUGGGAAAAACCCUGUCAAAAUUAUUGAAAAAUGUUCAAUCAAGCAAACUAAUUUACAUGCCAGAGAUUUGUGGCACUAGAUCUCUCUUAUGAGCAAGGAAUUGUUGGUCUUAUUUUAUGGAAGGAUAUGUUAUGCUGUUUAAGUCAAACUGCACAAAUAGCUGUAGAAAAUAUCAUUCUGGAUCACAUCUAAGUGGUAAAAUUUAACUUUUAAGCAACAAGUCUCAAAUUCUAUGUGACCUCAAUUUCUUUCUUUAAAAUCAGUUUUGUAUGUAACAUUGAUAUUGUAUCUUAAUGUUUAUAUUAUGGUCAUGGUUUUUAUUAUGUCUCGAAACCAAAAACUAAUUUUUAUACAUUCAUAUAGGUCAGCUCUCAAUAGACA